AUGUCCUUGCUGCAUCCUGAGGUGCUUUUCCUUGAUGUCGAUGGAGUGUUACACCCAGUCCAGGCACGCCACCCACGACAGCAGUUCGUGAACGGCUGCCUGGCUUUGGUGGCUGAUGUUGUCAAGGCAACUGGAGCGGCCAUUUGUUUGUCUACGGCCUGGCGGCUGGACCCUCAAGCACGCAAGUUUGUGGAGGGCAAGCUGCGGGAGUUCGGGUUGGGGCCACCUGUUGGACGCACGCCUAACCUAGCACAAUUUCAUCGCAGCCGCGAGAUCCUCGCAUGGGUCCACAAGUUCAAGCCAGCCACCUGGGUUGCUUUGGACGACUGGCCACUCAUGGAGGAAGAGCCGAAGAUGCAGGGACACUUCGUUCAAUCUCGACCGCGGUAUGGACUGCAGCCAGACACUGCUCAGAAGGUGGUUGAGCUUUUCAAGUUGCAGCAGCAAAGCAUCAAAUGCCAGCCCCGCAUGUGA